AUGAUCGCCAGACCGUUGUGCAAGCCCAAUAUCUACUCUCUUGCAGCAGACAAUUCGCCUUCCCUCCUCCCACUCCUGCGGUCAAACCCUGCUUUAGCUUCGUCCCAGGACGACUCUGGCUAUUCCCUGCUACAUGCUGCUGCUUCGUACGGCCAUGUCGAUCUUCUCCGCGCCCUCGUUCAAGAGCUCCAGGUAAACGUAAACUUGGUAGACGAGGACGGAGAAACUUGCCUUUUUGUCACGGAAUCUGUCGACGUGGCCCGCUGUUUGAUCGAGGAACUGGGCGUAGAUCGGGGUCACAAGAAUCACCUUGGUUUGAAGGCGGAGGAGUCUAUUGCCAGUGAUGGGGAAUUUCCGUAUUUGAUUGAAUACCUACAAGGCAGCCAGGCUGGGGAUUGCCCGGGCCAACUCCUACAAUCAUCUAUAUCGAUUCCGCCAAAUGUGACUGUCAAUGUUGGAAACAUGCCUGAUCCUGCUGCCGACGGGGAUGGGGCCCCUGACCCGGAAUUCAAGAGGAGAAUUGAGGAAUUUGCUGCAAGGGAAAACUUCCAUACUGAAGAGGGGCAGCGGGAACUCCGUCAAUUAGUUACGGACGCACUUAAGGAUGUGAAUGCAGACACACAGGAGAGGGGCGUUAGGAGACGGACUGAUUAA